ACAAACUCCGUAGUUGCAGCCAACUCAACGUUGGUGCUUCGGUCAUGCACUUUCGCACUCUUAGCUUCUUUGGUUAGUUUCUACGUGCAAUCCUCCUCCACCAACAACAAUAUGAAGAUCCAGUCAAUGAUUUCCUCCGACCACCUUCAUCCUCCACCAUCUCCUCCUUUUCCUUCUCCGAUCUCAACACCACCGAGGAGCACAACAUUGGGUCGCCGUUGCCGUAAAUGUAGAAAAUCGCGCCAGUUUUGUGUUCAUUAAGGACUUCAGGAUCGACAACAAUGACUCUACAAUUUAGGAGAUCAGGAUCGCUUUCUGAAAUCUUGAAGGCCAACUUGAUUUUUUUCAUGAAAAAUGAAGAUUGAAACAAAUAAUCAAGAGCUAUGUCAAGAGUUGGAAGUACCAUUUUUAGCAAUUAAGAGAUUAUGUGAUGGUUGCUACGUUAGUGUCUUUUUUGUGAUUUGAGUUCUUAAUAGAUUGCUUAAUGCCUA